AAGGGCUUUGCGCUUUACCGAAGAUUGGCUUUGAACUUCUCCGAGGUGGCCUGUGGCGGAUCUUACUGUAAUUCCACUCUCCAAAAUGAAAACCCUAACCUCGAAAUUUGUUGUCUCGAGGACCCUAGAACUGCAAUUGCAUACGAGCUCUUCUUCAUCGAAUACAAAUAUUAUAUCUCCUUCAUUUUUCCCCUUACAACGCCUUCGCCACCAUUGCCCCAUCUUCUCUUCUCCCUCCUAUCUCAGACCCAGAACCAGAAAUUCCAAAUUGGUCCACCUCUCAGCUUCUCUCUCUCAUCUCUCUUGGCUUUCUCCGCACCAAAGUGGCAGUAACGAUUAUAAUGGUUGGGCCAUUGUCGAGUCUCCUCCUGAAAACAAUAACAAGAAGAAAGGUUUUUCUACAUUUGUGAUUGGAGUUACUGUGGGGUCUUCAUUUGCUCUUUUACUUGCUGCCAUUUCUUACUUUUCGCUCUCAAGAACAGGUUUCAAGUUACAGUUUGGUAGUUCGUGGAAUGUUUUGAAUGACAUUUUGAAAUUGAAUGAAACAAAUUUUGAUGAAAGCAAAACUGUGGACUCUCGCGAAACGGAUGGAGACAACAUCGCAAGUCCUGGCCCUAAGUGUGUACAACAUGACACUGGUAAAACUGUUGCUUCAGGAUCAGUGGACAGGCUUGAACGGGUUAUUGUGUCAGUUGCCACAGAUUCUACUCAACAAGAGUCCUUGUCUAUAUUGAAGAAACUGAAGAUCAUUGAAGAUAAUGUUGAAACUGAUAAAUUGUGCACUAGAAGGGAAUAUGCAAGAUGGCUUGUUUGUAUAAACUCAUCAUUGGAGAGGAGUCCAAAGCACAGGAUUGUUCCAUCCAUAUCACUUUCUGGGUCCGUGGUUGCUGCUUUCAAUGAUGUAGAUGUUGAAGACCCAGAUUUUGAGUUUAUCCAAGCACUUGCUGAGGCUGGUAUUGUUCCCAGCAAGCUAUCAGGGAAGAACUAUGGUUCUGACCAUUCUGAAGGCCAACAAAGUGUCAACUUUUUCCCUGAGAGGUUCAUCUCUCGGCAGGAUCUUAUAGGCUGGAAAGCCCAAGUAGAGUAUGAAUUUAAGCCAGAAAUCUUGCAAAAGAUAUCAACAAAAGUGGGUUAUAUGGAUGUGAAGGCGAUCAGUUCAGAGGCACCUGUGGAACUUUACAUGGACUUGCUAGCUGGAGACAAGAGCAUAGCUAGAAGAGUUUUUGGUCAGAGCAAGCGAUUUCAACCAAAUAAACCUUCAACAAAAGCUCAAGCAGCAGUGGCAUUGGUGAGUGGGAGGAUGGCAGAAGCUACAUAUAAUGAAUUGUCAAGACUUGAGGCUGAAAGGUCCUCAAGGCAAGCUGAGAUGGAGGAAAUUAGGUCUGAGUUGCUUGAUAGGGGAGACAUACAAAGAUGUUGGGAUGAGAAGUUCAGUGAGUUGAGAACUCAAUGUUUUGAGGUGGAGAAACUUUAUGCAUCGGCAUGUGCUGAUUUGGAGCAGGAGUUGAAUGUUCAAGAGAUGGGUUAUGCUGAGGCUUUGAAGGAGAAGGCAGCCAUGGAUUGUCAGAGGCAACUACUUCUGAAUCUGAAGGAAGAGGUUGAUGAGAUGACAGAAAAGCUUGCAUCAGAGAGGGCCAUGUUUGUCGAUGAGAAGUGCAAAUUACAGAAUAUUCUUGGUGAAUUGCUAACAAAGCAGGAUGGACUUCUUGAUACAAAGUCUAUACUGGAAGCUGAGAAAGAAGCUCUUCGAAUUCUUAGAUCUUGGGUAGAAGAUGAAGCAAGGAAAAGUCAAGCCCGUGCUAAGGUUCUUGAGGAGGUAGGACGAAGGUGGAGAUGGAACAGCCAUGCCUGAGUGUCGAGUACUUAAAAAAUACAUCAACCAUUACAAUGUCAAAAUACUUCUUGGGGCUAUGAAAUAAUGCCUGAAUAAUAUGGUGUGCACAAAAUUUCCUUUUGGAAUUUCCUGUAUGUAACUAUGUUUUAUUGGAUGGGGAAACAUUGUUAGUCUUUUCUUAUAACAGCCAGAUAUUUCUGAGUGGAUUGAAAUAAUGAAA